AUGAUUGCCCCUAUAUUUCGCUCGGUUGUUCGAUCAACCCUGACUGGCCCUGCUGGAAGCAGUGCUUUUGUAAGAUGUGCAUCUUCACUUGGCCGUCGCACGAUAUCCACGGGAGGCCAGAACAAGGAGUUUCUCUGCAUAAUGCCUGACAGGCCGAAUGUCCUAGAAAUUAGGAAGAAGGUGAAGGCUGCACACUAUGAGGGUAUCAAGCCAUUGAUUGCAUCCGGGAAACUGGCAGCCGGCGUAGGCGCCAUAUUCGAGAAGCACCCCGUGGAAGGCCAGUCUGCACUGUUCAAAGGCAGCGUAGUCGUCUACACUGGCAAGGACAUUGCCGAGGUCCGCAAGAUUAUCGAGAACGACAUUUACGCCACAAGCGGUGUCUGGGACCUCGAGAAAACCCAAGUUAUCCCUUAUGUUCCGGCUGUCCGUCAACCACUUGAGUGA